AUGGGUACCGGUAGUGCCUUGGGUGGGAGCGGUGGGGCUAUUUUCAUCACGGUUGGUGCGGGGACAAGUGGAGAGGGGGGUAUGUUGCGAGCGGCAGCAGGUUUUGGCAUGGCAACAGGUGGUCUAAUGUCGUUGCAAAGUGGACAAGGUGCCCAGACAAGCAGCGGCUCCAUAACUGUAAUCACACCCAACACCGGUGCAUCUGGUGGGAGUGGCAAGCUAGUUUUCAGCAGUGGGACAGCAAAACGGGGAAAUUCUGGGGCUGUUCUUAUUGGAACUGGUGCGUCCUCGUGCGGACGGGCAGGACUGUUGAAUGUCGCCCUGGGCUCUGGCACGAGUGGAAGGGGCGGUGGCAUGAUUUUAAUUGGUGGCAGAUCCACCUCAAGGACUGGAGGCGCCGUGUGCAUCUUCACAGGGGAAGGAACUGCCACCUCUAGCGGCAGUGUUACUAUUCUCAGCGGAAAUGGUGGCGUUGCUGGCUCAAGUGGGGUACUGAUUUUCAGCACUGGAUCAUCGUCUGGCGGAAACACAGGGUCAAUUUUGCUUGGAUCUGGAUCAGCGACGGGUGGUGUUGGAGGGGCAAUAAUGAUGACAGUAGGGAGUGGCGCAAGUUCAGCUGGGGGCUGCAUUAAACUUAUGGCAGGCCGCAGUGUUGCAGGAACCGGCGGAGCAAUUUACAUGAACAGCGGAGAGGGAACAGCGUCAAGCAGCGGCACAAUAAGAGUGUCUACCGCCAAUAGUGGCGACUUAGGAACAAGUGGCCACCUCCUAUUUAGCACAGGCUCCUCUUCGUCUGGCAAUAGCGGCACUUUGACUUUUGGAACCGGACCAGCUACAUUUGGUCGCGGCGGUUCUAUCUCGCUACAUGUAGGAAGUGGCACGAGUGGCGAAGGUGGUAUCCUGGCAAUGCAGGCGGGCAGGGGAACGAGACACACCGGCGGCAGAGUAGUUGUGUGUAGCGGGGAGGGUACGGGUUCCAGCAGCGGGAUGGUCACGCUUGUGACUGUCAAUAGUGGAAUUGCUGGAUCGAGUGGCAGACUCAUCUUCAGUUCGGGAAGCUCAAAGUCUGGUAAUUCGGGCACUGUUUUAAUUGGAUCUGGUUAUUCGAGUGGUGGCGCAGGUGGAUUGGUAGGCAUACAUGUUGGGCGUGGUACGAGCGGUGCGGGUGGAAGCUUAAAUUUGAAUGCUGGUCGAAGCACGAUGUCAAGUGGCGGGCAGGUUUCAAUAUGCUCAGGAGAGGGAACCAGCUCCACUAGCGGGAGUAUAACUCUCUGCUCAACCAACAGCGGGGAAGAUGGGUCGAGCGGGUUGCUUAUCUUCAGUUCUGGGUCAAGCAGGGGUGGAAAUAGCGGCAGCCUUCUAGUUGGAACUGGUGCUGCUACUGAUGGACGAGGUGGGGCUUUACACUUGCACAUCGGCAGUGGGACAAGUGGAUCAGGGGGCGUUCUUCAGGUGCAGUCCGGACGCGCGACGGCAGCGAGCGGCGGCGCCGUGGUGGUCGGCAGCGGCGAGGGCACGCAGACGAGCAGCGGGUCCGUCAGC